AUGAUACCAGUGCGGUGCUAUAUCUGUGUUUAUGCAACAUGGCGGCGCUCUUGGGUCGAGCGCUUUGCAGAAUUCCUGCCAAUUCUGUUAGAGGUGUUCUCACUCAAAACAUCUUAAGCAGGUCUCCCGUUAUUGCCUGUUCAAGGGGUGCAAAGCAAUGGCAACCAGAAGUCAAGGAUGUGGAGCAGUAUGCCAAGGCUGUUAUGUAUCCAGAUGAAGUCACAUCAAAAUGGCCAGCACCUCCCUGGGAUGAUCGAGAUAAGACACCAGAGAAGGAUGUAUCUAACCUAGUCAUCAAUUUUGGUCCUCAGCAUCCAGCUGCUCAUGGUGUACUACGUCUUGUUCUAGAGCUCAGUGGUGAAACUGUCAUGCGAGCAGACCCCCAUAUUGGCCUGCUACAUCGUGGCACCGAAAAACUGAUAGAGUACAAGACUUACCUUCAAGCACUACCAUACUUUGAUCGAUUGGACUACGUCUCCAUGAUGUGUAACGAGCAAGCCUACUCAUUAGCAGUGGAGAAACUACUCAAUAUAAACAUCCCUGACAGAGCAAAGUGGAUCCGAGUUUUGUUUGCAGAGAUCACCCGUAUAGCCAACCACGUCAUGGCGGUCACUACUCAUGCUCUGGAUGUUGGAGCCAUGACACCAUUCUUCUGGAUGUUUGAAGAAAGAGAAAAGACAUUUGAGUUCUAUGAGCGAGUAUCUGGAGCCAGAAUGCACGCAGCAUACAUCAGACCCGGAGGUGUACAGCAGGAUAUGCCAUUGGGAUUGAUGGAUGACAUCUAUGAGUGGGCCAAGAAAUUCUCCCUCAGGAUAGAUGAGCUGGAAGAGAUGCUCACCAAUAAUCGCAUAUGGAAGGAUCGGUUGAUCGAUAUUGGUGUAGUCACAGCUGAGGAUGCUCUCAAUUAUGGAUUCAGUGGGGUGAUGCUGCGUGGAUCAGGCAUCAAAUGGGACUUGCGCAAGACUCAACCAUAUGAGACCUAUGAUCAGAUAGACUUUGAUAUUCCUAUUGGAACCCAUGGAGAUUGCUAUGACAGAUAUUUGUGUCGUGUUGAGGAGAUGAGACAAAGUCUACGAAUCGUUGAUCAAUGUCUUAACAAGAUGCCAGAAGGAGAGGUGAAGGUUGAUGAUAACAAAGUAUCACCACCAAAACGAGCUGAGAUGAAGGAAUCCAUGGAGGCUUUGAUCCAUCACUUCAAGCUGUAUACAGAAGGUUAUCAAGUACCACCGGGAGCUACCUACACGGUUAUUGAAGCACCCAAGGGUGAGUUUGGCGUGUACUUGGUCUCUGAUGGAACCAGUCGACCAUAUCGUUGCAAGAUCAAAGCUCCAGGGUUUGCUCAUCUUGCUGGAUUGGACAUGGUGUCCAAGGGACAUAUGCUGGCUGAUGCUGUAGCUAUUAUUGGAACUUUGGAUGUUGUGUUUGGAGAGAUUGAUCGUUAGAUGUAGCAUUGAGGUGUCAUCGUUUUAUAACAGCAUCAAUAUUACAUGAAUGAAUAUGUUACCCUGAAGAAACUACCUAGGACUUGACUUCAGCAUUGUUGAGUCCAGCCAGAAUUAACAAAACCACUCUGUGUCUGUACAAAAAUAAUCCCAUCAGUUUAUUUUGGUGAACACUGUAUAUUUUUUCCAUUUGGCUUCAAAAGCCAAAUGAAAACACAUCUGAUCCCCUAAGUAUUUUGUUUAAAUUUAAAUCUUUUAUCCAGAGUCUAUCUUACUUUGCACAAUUUCGCCCUCAGUGGAAUCAACAUAAACCUUGUUCUUCAUUUGACGCACUUGUAAGCACCAUUUUUGCCAUUAGUCUAUUGUCAGGCAAAAUCCAUGGGAAGGAAAAUGUUCCAAUUUGUACACAUUCAGUUGAAAAUUUCAUGUGUUUUCUUAAUGAGUUAACUAGAGUGCUUUCUACAGUUCUUAUUAGAAGUACUAAAGUUACCCAGGCUUCUAACAGAAAUACCUAACAUCAAUUCUUUCUCAAUAAACUGCAAAUGGGGUUACAUUUUAAGAAGGCCUGAUUUAACACAUUGCAUUUGCAAAGACUGUGCUGAAGAAAAAGAGGGAUGCUACAAAUGUAAAUAUUUAUCCCUACUGGAUGUUCUUUUGACCACGCUGAGCUUAUUUCCACUCUCCUCAAUCUGGUAAUUCAGUGUGUCUGGAUCUGUGGAAAUGAGUCAGAUGUUGAGUAGAUGCUCUUGGGUUCUACAAGACCGCAUAAUAAACUAAACUUUCAUCAGGUGCAUUUUUGAUGUCAUCAGGAGCCAAGUUCUUUGAAUAUGAAUGUUAAGUUUGCCUUGUUUAAAAUGUAAGUUAUAUUGUAGAAAACGAAAUGAAGUGUGCAAGAACGAGGCAAAGUCUAAACCUACUGCAUUUUUAUGGAAAGGUACAUGAAUUGAUUUCAAAUAAAAAAAUUUAGCUUGUCUUGGCAUCAACUAUAAGCAUCUCA